CUCAGACGCACAGAAACCCCAACAUUCUCCAGAAUCGCGAAUAAACUGUCGUUUUCGCUGCACGUGAAGUCAAAUAUGUCGGGACAGUAAUUUUUAAAAUAAAAGAAGACAGCUGUUUUUACGAGCUUUUAUGCGCAACACUGGGGACCAAAACACAUUGGCCUGCUAAAGGUCUCUUUUCUGAAGGUGUUUGUAUGCGGUUGUUUUGACGCGCAGCCUCCAUAUAAUUGUAAUAUGCGAUGAAAACGAUUCUUUUCAGCUUUGAAAGUCAUUUGUUGCACGGUUUGCCUCUAGACGUAUAAAGGAGCGCCAGUGCCUCAAAUUACUGGACUUUCAAUGCAAAUCAGCUAGCUCACAGCGAAAACUUCCUUCUGCGAGAAAAUGUGGUGGAAACUCUUCUUUUUGCUCCUUUAUUUUUUCAUUUUAUUCAUUUUGGCUCGUUUUUUUGAAGCCAUCGUCUGGUAUGAAACAGGAAUUUUCGCCACCCAGCUGGUGGAUCCGGUGACACUGAGUUUUAAGAAACUCAAGACCAUCCUGGAGUGUCGUGGACUGGGAUACUCCGGCCUGGCAGAGAAGAGGGACGUGAGGGAACUGGUGGAAAAUUCGGGGGAGCUGAUGCAGGGGGAGCUUUACUCCGCUCUUAAGAAUGAGAAGGAGCAAGCAGGAUCUGACUCCAGUACCACUUUUAGUGGAGAAAUGCACUUUUAUGAAUUAGUGGAAGACACAAAAGAUGGUAUAUGGUUAGUCCAGGUAAUCGCCCAAGAUAGAAAUCCACUGCUGAGCACUGCCAACUGGGGCAAAAUGGUACAGAAAGUUUCUCAGUUUGGCAUUCGAACAGGCACUUUCAACUGCUCAAGUGACUCAAGGUAUUGCCAUAAGCGGGGCUGGAUGAAGUCUACCCUAAUCAUGUCUGUCCCACAGACCUAUGCCUCCAAAGGGAAGGUCAUGUUGAAGGAGUACAACGGCAGACGCAUUGAAACAGAGCACAUAUUUAAAUGGAUGACUGCGCAUGUCGCCUCUCGCAUCAAAACAGUCCGUUACUCCGAUCAAUUAAUGGACGACUGGUAUCAAAUGGAAAAGCAACCAGUAAAGAUGUUCUUAUUUGCCAGACUGCUUCAGCCUCCUGCGUUCUUCUCAGCUCUCAGCAUUAAAUUCACGGGCCGCAUCGAGUUCAUCUUUGUUGAUGUGCGCAACUGGGACAACAACACCUGUUUGGAGGAAAUUGGGGUGCAGCAAAUGCCCUCAUAUAUCCUCAAAACACCAGAAGGCAUCUACAGAUACGGCAAUAGCACUGGGGAAUUCAUCUCCUUGCACGCCAUGGACACAUUUCUUCGCUCCGUGCAGCCAGAAGUCAAUGACUUGUUCAUUUUGAGCCUGGUCAUGGUCAAUCUAAUGGCUUGGAUGGACCUUUUCAUUACGCAGGGAGCCACCAUAAAACGCUUUGUGGUUUUAAUCAGCACUUUGGGCACUUAUAAUUCCCUACUUAUCAUUUCCUGGCUGCCAAUCCUUGGUUUUCUGCAGCUUCCAUACUUGGAUAGCUUCUACGAAUACAGUUUGAAAUUGUUGCGUUACGCAGACACCACUACUAUCGCCUCAUGGGUCCGGGCAGACUGGACCUUCUAUUCUUCUCAUCCAGCUCUCUUCCUCAGCACUUAUCUAGCCCAUGGCCUUCUCAUCGACUACUUCGAGAAAAAAAGAAGAUGUAGCAACGAAGACCAAAAUGCAAACAACCUAGAGUGGCUGUCAAGUCUUUGGGAUUGGUACACCAGCUACUUGGUACAUCCUAUUGCCUCUUUCCAGAACUUUGAGUCAGACUGGGAUGAUGAUCCUAAUUUCCUUUUGGAAAGGUUGGCAUUCCCAGAUCUCUGGCUUCGCCCACUUGUUCCGAUAGAUUACAUCAAGAACCUGCCCACCUGGAAGUUCAGACUCCUACAGCCUGAAGGCUCCAACCUAGCAGACCGCGACAAACGGCAGAAAGCCAUGAUGAACCAAAAUGAGGACUCCAGUGGGAACAAGGUAGCGCAUCAGUGCAGUUCAGACGUUCUACAUGAUCAUUACGGGUGUUCAGCUGCAACCAAGUCAGAAGAGAGUUGGUCUGGUGGAGAGGAACAGGACACUGAUUGGUCUCAGUGGCCUUGUGGUAUGCUUCACUGCACAGAGUGUGUCGUAUGUCUUGAGAACUUUGAAACGGAUUGCCUUGUCAUGGGUCUACCAUGUGGCCAUGUUUUCCACCAGCAGUGCAUCGUGGUCUGGCUGGCUGGAGGGCGGCACUGUUGCCCAGUGUGCCGGUGGCCAUCAUACAAGAAGAGACCCGUACGACAACGUGCAACUGAACAACUCGAUCCAGAAUAGCCCAUGCGUGAUUCAUUUACGUCUUGCUUCCUGCACUUAUUUAAAAAAAGGAAAAACAUGACUUGAUGUGUCCAUCUUUAGUCUAUAGAUUCAUAACAUGGGUUCCUGGGGUUUUUGUUGGUGGUUUUAACUUGCACAGUCAUUAAUUAAAUUCAUACUUCCCAAUAUUUUUCAAUAAAAUUAAAAGAAAAUGCUAAUUUAUGCAAAUUAUAACAUACUUAAUGGUAGAUUCAACACACAUAGUUGAAAAGCUUCUGUUUUAGCGCCCACACAUCAUACAUCCCAAUAAAACAAAAGAAAAAUCCAUAUGUUCCUGUACCUGAGAAUCACAGUUUGUGUUCAGUGUGUUUCCAAAUGUGAGUAAUCUGUCUAAAAUUAAUCGGGGAGAAUAAGAUUCUAGGAGAUGUGAGCCUUUAUAUAAGGUUUACCCUCUGGGCAUGUAAAUAUGAUUUAAUUUUUUUUUGUAAGGAAUUACAGCUUUACAUUACUUGAGUAAAACGGCCCUGUGCAAUUGAAAAUGGCUUAGGCACUGAAAUGCAAUUAAAGGCUCCAUCUUCAAAUAAAGUUGUCUUGUUGGAGCAUGUUUUGUUAUUUUUAACAGCAUUUUGCCAUUAACACUAAUAAAGACUUUACACUUUGACGUUUGCUGUUUGUCAGGGUGUAAAAGUAAUUUGGGAACCUUUACCUGUAAUGACAUUAAAAUUCAAUAAAGUCCUGCUUUCUCACCA